GUGCGCUACGGCAGUCCCGCGGCUUCUUCCUCACGAAUCAGUCGACCGGCUGUUCUCGACGCCGCCGCUACUAAGUACUUCCGCAACUCAUCUCGGACUUUGGCGGGCGCGUAACGCACAACGUUCCAGUUUUAACAUAACACUCAAGAACUUAAGAACUGUCAUCGUAAACAAAUAUUUUUUUAAAUAACGACAAAUUGUGUUUUGAAUUUUUAAUCAACCCUCAAAAAAUUUUUAAAAAAAUGUGCGCAAACGUCCAGAAUAGUUAUAGGAUUAAAUUAAUUCCUUUGCUAAUGAUAAAUAUUAUCUUAAUUGCGGCACAAGAUUAUGAAGUGAGUGAAAUUCAAUGCACAUUCGCCAGUGGUAACAGCGUCGCCGGGCGCGAGUCCAUCGUUGCGAAACUGAAGAAACCAGAUGGCUUUAAAGGUAGUCCAUUGUUCGCCGACGAUCGGUCCGUGGACCCUGAAGCGGAUCCCAUAUGUCAAAUACGGCCCGAUUUGCAGGAUCCCAAUGGGGCUAGGUAUAGCCUGCGAAUUACAGAUUUUAAUCAUUGCGGUGUCUUAAAACGAAAUGGCUUCGUACACGUGCGUGUGUGGUUUCCGCAGUUUCCAGGUGUCGUGAUGCAGUCCGAUCAAGAGUUGAUCAUCAUGUGCAAGCCACCUGAGCCUACCGUAAUAGAAAAUAAAGCUGCCGGUUUCGCAGGAAGCUUCCCACACGGUGCUCGAGUUUCUGGUGUGGUAGAAGAAACUCCAGGUCGAUUGGAAUAUGAAGUAGCGCUCUAUAAAGAAGCGCCGGCCGCCCGCAUUCAUAACACGAGCAGUCAACCAGGCGAAUUGCCUGUUGAUCAAGCGGUGCCGAUCGGAACCAAACUUCAGCUUCGCGCUCGCAUUUCGCCGGAAUCCGCAUGGAAAUAUGUGAAACUAAUGGAAGUCACUGUCAGUCCUGACCCGGACGACCCGCAUAUGAGUGGCAGUGUUGCAUUGGUGAAAGAUGGCUGCCGCAAUCGCGACUUUGCUUCAAUCAUCCCGCACCAACCGGCGCGUUAUCGCGAGCGACACAAUGAAGUCUUCCUCGAUUUCGAAGCGUUUCUCCUUAGUACGAUGAAGGAGCGUUCUACGUUGUGGAUUCAUUCACAGAUAAAAGCAUGUAUGGAUGCUGCAGAUUGUCAGCCAGAUUUCUGCUUGGAUCUCUUCGAGCCUUCCGGACACGGACGUAAGCGCCGUUCGGCGUCGGCGGAUGUGAUCGAAAUCGUCCAAGCACCGCAAUCGCUCACCGGCAAUCAUCAUCAGCUCGACGAUAAUGGGACGCAAUUUACGAAAUUUCAGGAGAACAUCGAGUAUACGGUACUCAUGCCAGGCGAGUUCUAUCACAAGGCGGCAUCCUUGGACGGCAAUUGCAGCUCGUUCCUCGUGAUCGCCGCCAUCUUGGGCUGCUUGUUGUUCAUGUCCGCUUUCGUAAUGUGCUGGCUGGCGACGCGUUUACAUACGACGUUAUUGGGAAACGGCAAGCUGGCAAAUAUUGACCAGCUUGUGCGAGAGUCGAGGGGCAUUGAUACGGUUUACAUGGGCAGAGCAACAACUCAAUAAUAAACAUGGGGCGGAUGAUCAUCAAUAAUUGAGCAAUGAGCACCAAACGUGUAUAUAGACAUAUUAUUUGUACGUUAGUUGAAUGCGAUAGAGUAUUUAUUUAUUUAUGACUAUUAUUAUAAAUUGUUAGUGUGUGAUACGAUCAAAGAAAUUUUCUUUCAAAUAUUUUCGUUUGCAAUGUGAAAACUUCUUUGAUUGCAUGUGUUAGUAGUAUUUUGGGAUUUAUGUUAGCAGAUAUAAAAGCGUUGAAAGUUGCUACACUGCAGUAUUACAAAUAUGAAUAAAUAUCAAUGUAGUAAGUAACUUUCAAUGUGUAUCGUACGACAAAUUUGGUUUCGGUGGCACCACAUUUUUUAUACAAAUUCAAUUUUUGCGAAAAAUGUUAGUCAUUUAAGCAGUAUAUAUUAUUGUAGAUAAUAUAUUGAAUAUUUAUUUUGCGAAGAAUUUCUUUAAAUAAAACUUAUUGAAUCUAA